GUUGAAUGGUCAUCAGAGCGACAAUCAGCGGCGGAUCUGUUUGUGAUGCCACGCUCUGAUCGGACACCGAGGCGGUUAGGAUGCCCGAUCUAUCACCGAGCGGACGCUCCGUCAAACGCCCGUCAUUCUCCAGCUGCGCACCAAGAGUCUGCAGCUGCAGGGCCAUUUAAGAGUCUCCCUCUGCAGAGGAUCUGAACGGUGAUGGACAGCUGUUGGUCAUCGAUUGCGCUUCGGGGCUGAUGGUGAACUGCUGGCGCGGUGACACAUGCUGAGCAAUAGAACAAGACUCCCACAGGAGAAACAGGAUCGACUCAGCUCUCCUCUCUAGUCCGCGUGAAAGGAUCGUGAUGAUGAUGAUGAUGAUGAUGCAUCGCUUUGUCCAAACGUGUGGCUCCUACAGCCGUCAUGACUGAGAUGUUUAAAGAGCACAGGUGCGUGGAGAUCGCAGCUGCCAACAUGGGAAUCAGCUUUCUGUUUCGAUGCGCAUCAAAGGCGACCACAGCAAUACAGGAAUCACAUCCGCAGAUGGGUGUAAUGGAUUCACGCUAUAACUGAUGGUGCUGCGCUAUGAUCUCCAGGGACCCUCUGAGUUGUGUAAUGCGUUUAUUCCAUCUUGAAGGCGCGCUGCCGUGCAACCUCUCCAUGGAUGAGCUCUAAUUGGGCCCAAUGAUGUAGAGCCAAAUCCACCUGGAACAAGCGUCACUUCUCCCCUGUGACUUUUCAUGCACAAUUGAUUUCCUCCUUCUUCUUUUUUUAAAUCCCCUUUAAUCCCCCCCAAGUUUACUCCAUAAAAUAAUUAAAUUUGCGUUUAAACGUUGGGAUCUGAUUUUUUUAUGCAUCAAGGACGUUUAGUUUGUUCCCAAUGAUGAACAUUUCAGUUCAUACAAGAUAUUUUAAGCGACAUUUUGUGACUAAAUAGUCCUGACUUUCUUUUCUUUUCUUUUUGGUGGAACAAAACUUUUUUGGUGUGUGCGCGCAUCUGUUUAUUUGUUGCGUCAUCCACAAUGUCCAGAUCAAACAGCGUCAGCCCACCAGGAGUCGGUGCUCCCGGGUUGAGGGGAGGGACCGAGCACAGAUCAGCAUGGGUAGAGGCUGACUCUGUGGCCAACGGGUGCCCAUACUCGGCCAGAUCCCCGCGCAAGAAGCUCACCCGCACCAACAGCCGCUGGAGGCAAGAGGAGGAGGCGGAGGAUGUGGAUCCGGAGCGCCGGCCUCCCGGACGAGCCUCCACCACAGUCAGCAGCAGGGUCAGCUUCAGGUCCCGCUCGGCUUGGCAGGAUCAUGGUGAGGAGAGCCGCGUUAACAGCAACCUCGCGUCUGGGAAGCGUCCUGACGGCGGCGAGGUGAGACCCAAGUCCGUGGAGCUGGGUCUGGAGGAGCAGAGAGCCAAAUCCCGGAGCGAUAAGGGGGAGCAGGAGGAGGAGGUCAUGCCGGAGGUGAACUUCUCCCUUGUGGCGUGCUGCGUCGGCGUCAUGCACGUUUUUAAAUCCAAGAAGUUCCAGUCGGAGAAGUUGGAGCGCCUCUACCAGCGCUACUUCUUCCGCCUCAACCAGAGCAGCCUGACGAUGCUGAUGGGAGUCCUGGUGCUGGUUUUCACCGUGAUGCUGGCCUUCCACUGCUCCGGAGCUCCCAGAAUCACUUACGUGGUGGUGUUUUCCCUGGCUAUCUUCAUCACGCUGGUGCUCAUGGUGGUCUGCAACAGGAACUCUUUUCACCAGGACCACAUGUGGGUGGUGUGCUAUGUGGUGAUCCUGCUGGUAAUUGUGAUCCAGGUGAUCGGGGUGCUGCUGGUGCAGCCAAGGAGCGCCUCAGAGGGCAUCUGGUGGACCGUGUUCUUCAUCCAUGUCAUCUACACCCUGUUACCCGUCAGGAUGCGGGCGGCUGUCAUCACGGGGGUUAUUCUCUCCGCCAUCCACGUGUGUAUUUCUUGGAUGUUAAACGGAGUGGACAACUUUCUGUGGAAACAGAUAGUGUCCAACAUCCUGAUCUUCUCCUGCUCCAACAUUGUUGGAGUGUGUACCCACUACCCAGCUGAGGGCUCCCAGAGGCAGGCCUUCCAGGAGACCAGGGAAUGCAUCCAGGCACGCCUUCACUCCCAGAGGGAAAACCAGCAGCAGGAGCGUCUCCUGCUCUCAGUACUCCCUCGUCAUGUUGCCAUGGAGAUGAAAGCUGACAUAAAUGCCAAGCAGGAGGACAUGAUGUUUCAUAAGAUCUACAUCCAAAAGCAUGACAAUGUCAGCAUCCUGUUUGCUGACAUUGAGGGCUUCACCAGUCUGGCUUCACAAUGCACUGCACAGGAGUUAGUGAUGACUCUCAAUGAACUUUUCGCCCGCUUUGACAAGUUGGCAGCGGAGAACCACUGUCUGCGGAUCAAGAUAUUGGGGGACUGCUACUACUGUGUGUCUGGGCUGCCAGAGGCGAGAGCUGAUCAUGCUCACUGCUGUGUAGAGAUGGGGCUUGACAUGAUAGAAGCCAUCUCACUGGUACGGGAGGUGACAGGGGUGAAUGUGAACAUGCGAGUUGGCAUCCACAGCGGCAGGGUUCACUGCGGGGUGCUGGGACUCAGGAAGUGGCAGUUUGAUGUCUGGUCCAAUGAUGUCACACUAGCAAAUCAGAUGGAAGCAGGAGGCUCAGCUGGGCGCAUCCACAUCACCAAAGCCACUCUGAAUUAUCUGAAUGGGGACUAUGAUGUGGAACCGGGAGCAGGAGGAGAGAGAAACGCCUACUUGAAGAGGAACAAUAUAGAAACCUACCUCAUUGUGGGCUGCAGCCAGAAAAGGAAAGAAGAAAAGGCAAUGAUUGCCAAAAUGAGUCGACAGAGGACCAAUUCUGUCACUCACAACAGCGGCCACUGGACUGAUCGUCCCUUCUACAACCAGAUCUCCAAGGAGAUGAAGAGGAUGGGCUUCGGGGACCCAAAAGACAAGCAUUUUAUUUUCAGGAACACGCAGGAAAACCUAAACCCAGAGGACGAGGUGGACGAAUUCUUGGGCAGGGCCAUCGACGCGCGCAGCAUCGACCGCCUACGCUCCGAACACGUCAAAAAGUUCCUGCUCACCUUCAGAGAACCCGACCUGGAAAAAAAGUACUCCAAACAGGUGGACACCAGGUUCGGUGCAUAUGUGGCCUGCGCCACCCUCGUCUUUUUCUUCAUCUGCUUCAUCCAGAUCGUCAUUGUGCCAACUUCUGAUCUGAUGAUUGGCUUCUUCAUCACCUGCUUUAUCAUCCUCACUGGCGUGAUGUUCAUCUCAGCUGUUUACGGCUGUUUUGGGAUCUUCCCAGUUCCUCUGCAGACUCUUUCCAAAAGUAUUGUUCAGUCCAGAAUUAACAGCACCUUAGUUGGGGUCUUUACCAUCAUCGUCGUCUUCCUAUCUGCUUUCAUUAACAUUUUCACUUGCAGCAGUCACAGCCUGCGGAGCUGCAUCCAGUCAGAGCUCAACAUCAGCCAGGACCUUGUGAAUGCCUGCCAUGCUUUCCUACUAAACUACAACCUGGACACACAACACGGCUCCUGUGUGGAUGAUGCCCUCAUCUGCAGCUUCCCUGAGUACUUCACAUCCUGUGUGCUUCUGAGUCUGCUGGCCUGCUCCGUCUUCCUCCAGAUCAGCAGCAUCGGGAAACUCUUCCUCAUGCUCUUCAUCGAGCUGCUCUACCUUCUCAUAAUGGAGGUGCCUAAAGUAAGCCUGUUUGACAACCAGGACCUGCUGGUAAUAGCAAACGCCAUAAACUACACCAAACCAGAUAACAGUACAAGCUGCGUCGUUGACAACAAGGUUCCUCUGAAGAUCAUGACCCCAGUGGUGAUCACAGUCUUCGUCCUCGCCCUUUACCUUCACGCCCAGCAGGUGGAGUCAACAGCCAGGCUCGACUUCCUCUGGAAGCUGCAGGCCACCGAGGAGAAGGAGGAGAUGGAGGAGCUGCAGGCCUACAAUCGGCGUCUGCUCCACAACAUCCUGCCCAAAGACGUGGCCGCUCACUUCCUGCAGCGCGAGCGGCGCAACGAUGAGCUCUACUACCAGUCCUGCGAGUGUGUGGCCGUCAUGUUUGCUUCCAUUAGUAACUUCUCAGAGUUUUACGUGGAGCUGGAGGCAAACAACGAAGGGGUGGAGUGUCUUCGGCUGCUCAACGAGAUCAUUGCAGACUUUGAUGAGAUCAUCAGUGAGGACCAGUUCCGGCAGCUGGAGAAGAUAAAGACAAUCGGCUCCACUUACAUGGCAGCUUCUGGUCUCAAUGACUCCACAUACGACAAGGCUGGGCGCUCGCACAUUCGCGCAAUGGCCGACUACGCCAUGAGGAUGAUGGACCAGAUGAAAUAUAUCAAUGAACACUCCUUUAACAACUUUAAAAUGAAAAUAGGUCUAAACAUUGGCCCUGUGGUUGCCGGAGUGAUCGGGGCCAGGAAGCCUCAGUACGACAUUUGGGGGAACACGGUGAACGUAGCGAGUCGCAUGGACAGCACAGGGGUCCCAGAAAGGAUACAGGUGACAACCGAUCUGUACCAGGUACUGAGCUCCUAUAACUACACACUGGAAUACCGAGGCGUCGUCACUGUCAAAGGCAAAGGAGAGAUGAUGACCUACUUUCUCACGGCCGGACCCCCCGGCAGUUAACCUUUACUAAGUUACAAUCAGACACAUGAGGAGGCUGUGACCCCCCUCUCAUAAUGCGCUGGCUUACAGACCUCUGAUGGCUGGUGGAAGACGGAGGUUAUUUCCUCACAGCAGCAAACGCGCCUUGAACCAGUCGGCACUUUGAACCAGAGGACUCACCCCAGAGUUGGCCUUUUGAAGGAGGAACAGCUGAAAGCAACGUUUGCUGAGUCUGCCUUUUUGACCAAAGAUGUCUAAUCAGAGCAUAUAGAUUUGACCGGUUUGGUCAUGAGAGGAAGGGAGAGGAAAAAUAAAAGGGUUCCAGGAGGAAACUAGCUGAGCCGGGUUCUUAGAGGGCUUCUUGGACAUACCUGCAGGACGACCAUAGCUAUGUCACCUCCUCUCUCUGCCUUUCUCCUGCUGAUUCUAAACAAUGUGUACAUGUAAAACCCAGGAUGGUUUAUGUGUAUGAUUCUAUGUACUGUUUGUUAAACAUUUAUUCAAGCUGCUGUGGUAUAGGUGCAAAUCACUGAAGUACGGACACAAAGCCAGCACUGCAUCCAUGCAUCUAUCCGUCCCUACCGGAUUGAUUCCGUCACAGUAAGCUACAUGCUUCAGAAAAGUAUUCACUCUCAUUGAACUUUUGCACAUUUUGUCACAAAAGAAACCUAAUUAAAAUGUAUUUUGAUUGGAUUUUUGUCCUGAACCAGUGCAGAGUCCCUGUGGAAGGGAAGUAAAAUGAUUCAUGUAGGGAGACAUUGUUUUUGCAAACAUCCGAAAAUCGUGGUUUGCAAAAGUCAGUAUUUUUUAGAACUGCUUGAAGGUUGCUGGAAGGUUUUUCAUUUAGGCUAAAAUAUUUUUCCCUUUUCCUUUCGGAAAUAGAAAAACAGCCACUGCAAAGAAUGUUUUUUUUUUUUUUUUUUUUCUUAAAACAAAAUCUAAGAUGGAUCAAGGUUUGGUUUGUGACCAGUCCUUUCUGACAUAUAAACCAUUUGAGGUCUAAAUGAUUCCAGUGCAGCUCUGGCUGCAUGUUUUGACUUGGCCUCCUGCAGGAGGGAGAUCUAUGGAGUGGAUUUAGUUUCAUUAUUGUUGCAAGCAAAGAACAGAUUUUGCUAUUUGAAAAUAUGCAGCCCAGAAAUUAAACUUAGAAAUAUGUUUUAAUGAACAAAGGU